AUUCACAUAUACAAUGCGAGAAUCUAUAUUUACCCUAUGGCCGUUUGUUUCUUAAUUUACUCAUUGCGAAGUUCAAUCCACGCGUUGCAAAUAGUGCACGAUCGGCCAACAACACUAAGCCUCCAUAGCGAAUAUCAACCUUUUUCCAACCGACGUAUUUAAUUUUGCAUUUAUAAUUCUCGUUGACAAUUUUUUUCUUUGUUUUUAUUACUUACCACGACAUGCUACCUCUGAAAUUACUGAAAAAACAGCCGUUGGCGCUGGUUCAAUGCCUGAAGCGAUCCAACUCCUUGAAGGAUCUGCAGCAGUGCGUCCCCGCGGCGAUCGAGGCGAGCUGUCACGAGGCUCACGACGAUCACGGCACGAUCGGCGUCGCCACAUCUUAUUGGAAGCAGCAUCAUCAGCACGAGGGGGUGUUACAGCCGGCUGAGUCGAUCGAGCACAUAAUCGCCCACGUGAUUGGCAAGGAAGACUGUCGCGAGAGAUGCGUGGACGACAUUCAAUUGGAAAAGUUACAGCUGCUCUGCGAUAAUCGCUUAAAAAAAGCGCCACUCGAAUACAUAACAGGCGAAGGCGACGAGUCCCGAGACGUGAAAUCGAUCAGGUUGUCCCAGACGAUUUUCAUUCCCGAAUCACAGACUGAGAUAAAAGUCGUGGCCAUCGAUACGAAUCUCGUGGCUUGCGAACUGACUCGACACAAUGCGCAAAAGUUGGGUAUCGACCCGACCAAAUUGGCCGUUCUACACGCCACACUGCAAGAUGACGGCGUCAUCGAAGUUCAGCAGAACCUCCCGGACGACGACGAAUCUACGAUUGACUUCGAGAGCGAGCAAUUCGACUUUAUCGUGAGCAAUCCGCCCUGCACGCCGUACUCUCAGCUAGCCGAUUGGCGAAAAGAAAACAAAAACAUUCGCGACGCAGGAGAAGACGGGCUGAGAGUCGUCCGAGCGAUUCUCCUGAACGCCUCGACGCAUCUAAAAGUACACGGCGUGCUCUUGCUGGAGAUCUUCGCCGCGCAAACGAAGCUCGUCGAAUCGAUAAUCGAAGAAAAUUAUGCGUCACAAUUCAAGUUGAAUCACGUAUACGUAGACUUGAAGAGCGACAAAGAGAUACUGGAAAUAAUCAACAGGCCGCAGUGAUGUUUUCCUCUCAACUCGCAUCGAUAGCGAUUCAUUUGUAAUAUAUUAAGACGAAUUAUAAAAGUACAUAUCACGUUGCUCUCAGUCGGCAGUAUGUAACGCAAAAAUUAUACGCUCGUGAAUAAAAAGAAAAAAGAUUCAUCAAAUUAAAAAAAUGCUAAGAACAUUUUUUCUCCUUUUAUUAGAAAAAUCGAUU